UUCCUUCUUCCGCUCCUCCUCUUCUUUUAUAAGAGCUGGUUUUUCCAUGGAAAAGUUCCAAAUGUUAUUUCCUUUUUCGUCGACAGGAUCACCAAACUACCCUGUCUCUUCAAGCAUGACAAAUAGUUCUCAUGUUUUUCAUAAUUUUCAAGCAGAUAGUUCAGGUGGGUUCUUGGGAUUGAAGACAGAAACUCGACACCCAGUACCAAGAACAUCACCCGAAAUUAAUAACGACCUAAAUUCUCAAAGUGCAAGCUGUGCAAUCGGGUCUGAAACUGAGCCUCAAGCAGCCAAGAAGAAAGGGGAGAAGAAGAUUAGAAAGCCCAAGUAUGCUUUUCAAACCAGGAGUCAAGUUGAUAUACUUGAUGAUGGUUAUAGAUGGAGGAAGUAUGGACAAAAGGCAGUGAAGAACAACAAAUUUCCAAGGAGCUAUUAUCGAUGCACGUAUCAAGGGUGUAACGUAAAGAAGCAAGUCCAACGCCUAACCAAAGACGAAGGUGUUGUAGUGACUACUUACGAAGGAAUGCACACCCAUCCUAUAGAGAAGCCAAAUGAUAAUUUUGAACAUAUCUUGAGCCAGAUGCAAAUUUACAGUACUCCCUUUUGAAGUGAUCAUCGAAUAGGGUCAAAAUCAUGUAUGCUUUGUACCAAUAUCAAGUAGUGUAUUUUCCGUAUGCUAAUAAGGUUGGAUUCAUAUAUAUAUAUAGUAAGGGCUAGCUGGAGAUCGAUCAGCAUGCUUCAAAUUUAUGGAAUUAUGUUCUUUAGUUGGCAAAUAUAUUGUAAUCUGUCAGUUUCUUUUCUUUUCAGUUCUUUCUUUCACAUUGGUGGGAUUGUAUGAUGUAAAUAAAUCAGCUAAGGUGGGCUCAACUUCAAUAAGAGAAUCGAAAUUCCUUAUCGCGCAA